ACACGUUCGUCUGUCUCUCCGACAAAGUAAGCAGGAAAAAUUCUGUUAAAUUAUUUCGAUUAACUUUCAAUAUUCAAUGUCGCUUAACGAAAUUUAAUACGAAAUAAAUAAAUAAACUAAAUUUACUGUGUGUGAUUCAUAAGUGUGAAGAAAUCAAAAUUCAAAGUGAAAAUGGCACCAAUUAGUGAAAAAAGGUCACAACCUCCAAAUGCGAAUCACGUCAAAGAGAAUGGGCACACAAGUCAUGGUCAUGGUCAUACGCAUCUUCACACACAUACAAAGGAGAAUGCCAGCAGUAAUGCGUCUGGGAAGAGUAACGGUGUGAAGACGAAAGGUUUAGAAAUUCUUGAUUUUCAUGAAUCAUGGCUGGAGGAGGUCGAAUUGUAUAAGGAUAAAUUGUAUGGGCAAAAGAAUCUUUUGCUCUCAUCACACAAUCAUGCACACACACCGCAUGGUUGUAAAAUCGAUGCACCCAAUCAUUAUAUCAGCAUGAAUAAUAAGUAUGUGGUUAAUGUACCAACCGGUCACAGCGAACAUAUUAACAAUAAUAAUCAUAUACCGAAUGGUGCGAGUGCGAGUGUUAAACGUCAAAGAGGCGGUGGUGGUGGUGGUGUUGCUGCUGCAGCAUCUGCGCUCACAUCUGGACCGUCAAUAGAUCCAUCGAUUAUCAAUAAUGCCGCGCUUAAUAAGACAAAUCGGAUAAGCAUUCGAAGUAAUACGGCGGCACCAUUAACAACACCCACGGAGGCGACAGCGCCAAUGACUGGCGUGCAGUUGCUUUUAAAGCGACCCCGUGAUGAGCCGGUCGGAGCGCCCAAAACUGCUGCGCAUAACUCCAAACGCCAUUCCCAUCCUCACCCGCAAGCUACAACAACAACAAUAGCAGCAUCAACAACCAUACCAUUAACUAGCACUCCACGCCGCUCAGCAUCGCCACCCAAACGCGCUGUCGGUGGUGCUGGCGGUGGCGGUGGCGGUAGCGGUGGUGCCUCAAAUGGUACUGCCACUAAUGGCGCCACUAACGGCCUUAAUAGCAAUGAUAAAUCAUACAAUUCAUCCACCUCGAAAACGCUGAGCAAAAUCAUAGUCAAUCAAUUUCACGCUAGUAGUCUGCUUAAUCAUAAUGAACGCAAAUUGGAAUUGCUUACACAAAAUGGCUUAAAUAAAAUGGCAGCAACCGCUUAUGAGACUAGCGUUUAUGCCUCACAAUAUAUGCCGCACGAUAAUCGCACUUAUCACAAUCGUCAUCAUCCAAUUGCCGAUAACGGUGCUGCUACUUAUGUGGGCGUCUCUUUAGCUAAAGGCGGUGAUGGUGAUCGGGGUAGACAGCCUAACAACAAUAACACUGCCGAGGAUGAUCCAUGUGCUGUAAAAAUCUUUUCUCCUCUCUCCUUACGCACUCCAGCCAUCGAUGAUGUGAACGAUUAUACGGAUAGUGACUCGGAAGAAGACUACACCGGCCAUCCAUUCUACCUCGCUAGUGAUGAAAAUGAGACGCAACAAAGUCGCAAUAUACGCUAUCUGCCCACACACUCGAGUACCGAUGUAACGGAGGAUAGUGAAGCGGACACGGAAGUGAGCGAGUACUUUAAACCGGAGUGUAUAUUGUCGCCAAGUAUUUUUCCAAAUGUGCCGCCUUAUUUAAAUUUCUCCUCGCACGCGGAUAAGGGCCCCGUAGUGCCGCCAACAUUACAUCGUGUGCUAAAGUGGAAACUAAGUCCUGUUAUGCCGAAGAUAGUCAAGCGUGUGGUGCUCAACUCAGGGUUUCGCAUAAUUAAAAACACCACCGACUGGAUGGCCGUAUGGGAGAAACAUAUGAAAAGUCCAGGUUUUCGCACAAUACGCUCACAUCAAAAGUACAAUCAUAUGCCCGGUUCGUUUCGAAUCGGACGCAAGGAUAGCAUGUGGCGGAGUAUACAUAAUAAUAUGAAGAAGUUUGGUACAAAGGAAUUUGGUUUCAUGCAAAAAUCCUACGUUAUGCCUGAUGAUCUGGAAAAUCUACGUCAGGUCUGGCCGAAAAAUGCAUCAAGAUUGACGAAAUGGAUUGUAAAACCUCCAGCAAGUGCACGCGGCACAGGCAUACGUAUUGUAAAUAAAUGGAGUCAAUUUCCCAAAGAUCGUCCGCUAGUAGUGCAGAAAUACAUUGAGCGUCCACUACUUAUCAACGAUAGUAAAUUUGAUAUGCGUAUUUAUGUGGUGCUUACAUCAAUAAAUCCUUUGCGUAUAUACAUGUACAAAGAUGGUUUAGCGCGUUUUGCGUCAGUGAAAUACAGUUCGGAGCUGACUACUCUUGAUGAUCGUUGUAUGCAUCUAACAAAUUAUAGUAUCAAUAAAUUUUCACAAAAUUAUUCGAAAAAUGAAGAUUUCAAUGCGUGUCAAGGACACAAAUGGACAUUGCAAUCGUUGUGGUCAUGCCUGGAGACACGUGGCGUCAAUACAAAACGUCUCUGGGCGACAUUACGUAAUUUGGUGAUAAAAGCGAUUGUAAGCGGUGAAUCGGGGCUGAAUCGCAUGUAUCGUCAAAAUGUUAAUUUCCGUUAUAAUUGUUUUGAACUAUUCGGUUUUGAUGUACUACUCGAUGAGAAUAUUGUACCAUGGUUAUUAGAAAUUAAUAUAUCGCCUUCAUUACACUCAGAACUGCCAUUGGAUUUGCAUGUGAAGGGCCCACUCAUACAAGCUGUGCUCAAUACAGCGCUCUAUCAGGUGCCGCCAAAACUCAAUGAGAAACAACAAAAAGACAUACAACAAGAGCUAAAACUGAGCGGUCCACUCUGCCAUGAUAAGCGCAUCUUCACCACUUGUCUCACUGCCGAGGAGGUGCGCAAACAUAAUCAAUUCACCAAUCGUUCAAUAGAAUUUCGCGAGGAAUAUGUCGACACCAUACUCGAUAAUCUACUGCCAGAUGAUAUACGUUGUUUGAUCAUCACCGAGGAUGAGUAUGCGCGUUGUGCGCCACUCGAACGUAUCUUCCCCACACCCGAAACACACACCUACCUGAAGUUUAUCGAUAAUCCGCGUUACUAUAAUCGCCUGUUGGACGCCUGGGAAUCGCGUUAUGGUAAUUUCCGUGCACAGGGUAUUGAGCUGUUGAAGCGCUAUUGCGCUGAUGGCUAUCAUUUGAAAGUAUCCGAUGCGGCACUGGAGAAGGAACCCGAUGUGGCAUUAACCGAGAUCGAUAUGUUGCAUCAGAAGAAGAGCGACGAUCAAAUGACACUGGUACCCGAUAAUACAGCAGGCGACAGCGCAUUGGCUUCCAAAGCGGGUUCGCCCGAAUCGACGGCGGACACUUCGGUGCGUUCGCAACACUAAUACCAACAAAUGCUCGUCAGUGCUUUAGGUGACAUGCUAGGUUUAUGGUAUGCCACUAAAUGCUCGAGUUGAUAUUGUGCACAGGCCUACUGUGAGAGUAAGGAACUAAGACUGAACUUAGCUAUCCAACAAAUUAACAAACAACCAACAGGGAAAUCUAAAUGAGAAAGUAACCAUAAUACGUAAAAAAAACAACAAAUAUUAUUGUAUAAUUUAUUCGAAAAUGAUUGUCAAUCAAGUCAACAAAUUGAAGUCGUUGAAAUUUAGUAAAUUUUUUUGGAAUUAAACUUAGGAAUUCGCGUUGGCUUUUUUAAGCAACAACAAUUACAGCAACAGCAACUACCACAUACAUAUGCCCACAAUCACAUAUACGAGUAUACGUACGUACAUCAUAUGAAUCUAGUGCAAAAAAAAAAAAAACAAAAAAAAAACAUUUAGCAACUAAUAGUAUCUAAUGAUAAUUAUUAAAGAUAUGAAAAAUGUAUUUUGCUAAGGAUAUUUAAACAAAAGAAAAAGUGUAAAUUAAAAAACAAAAUCACACAAGACUCGCAAAGACAAAUUCGCUGAAGGUAGGCGAGAUGGAGCGGUGUGCUUGUAUGUAUGUAAAUGCGCGUAAAAUAUUACUACAAAUAAUGAUUUUAA